UUUAUUUUGAAAAGUAGUACGCGCGUGCAUGUUUUACACAAACCAUCUUGCCGUUGACUUCACGUAGCUCCUGAACCAAAGGGGCUAACAUGUCGAUGGAGGAUCCUUUUUUCGUGGUUAAAGGGGAGGUGCAGAAGGCCCUGUCCAAAGCACAGGGGCUGUUUGAGCGCUGGGAGGAACUGCUUCAGGAAGGGACCCCCGUCAGCCGCGAUGAGCUCGACUGGAGCACCAAUGAACUCCGAAACUGCCUGAGGGCCAUCGACUGGGACCUAGAGGACCUGCAUGAAACCAUCAGUAUUGUGGAGGCAAACCCAGGAAAGUUCCGUUUAGGAGAGCAUGAACUCCAGGAAAGGCAGGAAUUUGUGGAACGGACUCGUAAAUCUGUGCAGCUGAUGAAGGAGCAGCUCUCUAGUCCCUCAGCUGUGGCUCAGGCAGAAAAGAAAAACAAACAGGCUCUACUGGGGGCUACGGCAAAGGAUCGGUACGCCGGUCUGGAGCCUCAUCUGGUAUCUGCAAACUCCAGAUACAUUCAGGAGCAACAGGAACAGCAGCAGCUGAUCAUGCAGGACCAGGAUGAGCAGUUGGAGCUAGUCACGGGCAGCAUCCGUGUCCUGAAGGACAUGUCCAGCAGGAUAGGAGAUGAGCUGGAUGAGCAGUCGGUUAUGCUCGGUGAAUUUAAUGAGGAAAUGGACCAGACCAGUUCCAGAAUGGACUCAGUAUUAAAGAAAAUGGAAAAAGUUUCACACAUGACCAGCAGUCGGAGACAGUGGUGCGCUAUUGGAGUUCUUGUGAUCAUACUGAUCGUGGUGCUCAUUCUUCUAUUCGCUCUUUAAACUGGACUCUUCUUCAGUUUGGCGCUCCAUCGUGCAAAAGCUUACAGAGGAAGUCAAAACUUCACCACGAUUCUUCCACCUCAGCUUCCAUUAUCUUUGUGAGAAAGAGUUGUUGUUGUUUUUUUUUUAAUGUAGUCUUUUUACCUUCAUCCAACCCAUAUGUCUUCUGACUCUCAGCAUUUCACUCUCUCUCUCUCUCUCUCUCACUGCUUUUGGAUUGGGCUCAUUGUCCUUGGCAAGGUCUAUUCCAGAAUUUCACUGGUGCUGAGAUGGAAAUUAACAGUUAUUGCAUUUCUUAUGUUUUAUUGUGGUACAAGUGUGGAAUGAGGAACUUGAUAUAGCCUUAUUAUAUUUUUAUAUGUUUAAUUAUUGAACCGUACAGUAAUUGUGUACAUUAUAAAUGCCCCUGCAAGAGGCUGACUGUAUGUGUGCUAAUGGUUCAUCAAGCACAACGAGUAAAGCGCCCCCAGAUCUGUAACUACUAGUACCACCAUCAAACAACCUCUGAUGAUGUGCGCUGCAAAGCCUGAAGUCAAUUACGGCACGAAAUUUAAGAUUAUUGAAAUUGUUUUCAAAGCACAUCUUGAGGUUAACAGGCAUUAUACACCACUUGCUCUUCCUUUAUAGAUAAAUCUAACAUGUUAUUGCAUCAUUUAAGUGAUUAAUGAUCAUUCAUGAUUGCUUGCAGAAAAAAACUCAGCUGCACUUUUUAUUAAUCUUCAUGGAUGCGCUGUGUGUACAGCGGGUGCUUGGGUUUCUCACAUUUUUAAAUAUCAUUUUAUGCAUUGCUUUUGAGAUUACUGUAUAUUGAACUGUAAAGUUUCAUACUGCUGUGGAGGUGUGUGUAGAUCAUUUGACGUGUAGGCAGUUGAUUGUGGGUUAUGUCUUCACUGCAUGCCACAGUGAUAUUCUAUACCCGUUACUCUAAUACAUAAUUAUAUAUAUUUGCCAUUUUAAUUUAAUUUAAUUUUUUUUUUAAAGGAAAUCGCUCUUUUUAAGUCCAGUCCAAAUCAGCAAGAUAAAUGUUCUGAAAGUCGUCUAGUAACUGAGCUGAUUAGACCCCACAGUUAGGAUUGUCACUCGAUAUUUCUAUUCCUGAACUUGAGCUCAGAUGUGGUAUUGUGCUCAUCUGUGGCAGUGCUAAUGAACAUUUUGUACUCUAAUCGUCUGUGCCAAUGAGUUGCUUCCAGCGUGCCCUCUGAUCUGGGUGGAAGGACACUAUGUGCCUCUUGGUGAAUGUAUUACGUCCAAUAUAAAUGUGCCCCUCUUUCGGCUUCAGCUCAGUAUGACAUAUUUCAGUAUUGCUUUAUUGUAAUUUUGUAAUAUAAAGGUGACUAAAAUUAUAUAAAUAAACCCGUAAAUGGCUGAUAGUCAGAUUCAACUCCAAGCAUAAGAUUUUUGUCAUAUGCAAGCCUUAAAAAAUGUCAAUACUCACCGUUGCUCAAAAUGUGGAACACAGUACUAAAACUGAAUACCUCUUAUAUGCCCAUUUAGGGAAAUUUGGUACGUAUUUGAUUUUCUUUUAAUGUCUUUCAGUGCUGCCUACAUAAAUGAUUGUUUUAAAACUCUUAUGCCCUUGUCACUUGUUUUUGUAAGCAUUUGUAUUAUAAUACACUGCCUUUAUUUUGGCAUCUUGAUAAACCUAAAUGGCUCUUUAUUAAAUUAUAUGCCUUUGAA